UGGAAGGGGAAGAAGCAGAACGCCUCUGAAUUGUGCUUUGUACGGAGAGAUGACGUCUUUGUACAAAAGCCUGCAUGACAGUUAUGUUUCAAACAAACCGCGAUCGAGCAGCUGGUGGACGUUGGCUGGGAUUCUGGGCGCUUUGACUGUUCUGGGGAUCCUGCUCGCCAUCGCCGUCUUGGAGAGACCAACAUGCUCCAGAGACCAUGAGAUGCUUCCUGAGGAUCCUGGUGAGGGCAGCCUCACCUUGGACCAGUGCAGAAUGGUCCUGGUGGAGAGUAUUCCUCAACACAUGGCGUAUAAAGCCAACGUUACCUUCGGGAUUCCUCUGGAAACAGUCUGGAAGGAUCUCCUCUCUGUGGCAGCGGUCCAGGUGGACGUGGCCUCUUUCUAUUGGACUUUGACAAGUGAAGAUAUCAGCAUCAACUCUUCUUCUGACAAAGCUGGGAGGGAAAUUCUGGAACAAUUUGGAGCUUUACCGUCCAGGAACGUGUCCGUCCGUCUGGUGACCAGUAUUCCGUCUGUUAAAACCAACUCCACGGAUUUAAAGGUCUUAAAACAGAAAGGAGUCCAUGUGAGGAAGGUUAACUUUGGCCGCUUGACGAACGGCGUCCUCCACAGCAAAUUCUGGGUCGUCGACAGAAAACACGUAUUCAUUGGGAGCGCCAACAUGGACUGGAGGUCUCUGACGCAGGUGAAGGAGCUUGGCACGGUCGUCUACAACUGCUCCAGGCUGGCAGAGGAUCUGCUGAAGAUUUUCCAGUCCUACUGGGUGAUGGGACACGUCAAUAGCUCUCUGCCUCAGCCGUGGCCUUCCACGUAUGACACCACCAUCAACAAACAGCACCCCCUCCUGGUGAAAGCUGAUAACCUCUCCAGUAGCCUCUACUUGACAGGUUCUCCACCUCCUUUCUGUCCUCUGUCGAGGACGGACGACCUGGAGGCGAUUCUCUCCAUCAUUUCUGAGGCUAAACGCUUCAUUGACAUUUCUGUCAUGGAAUAUUUUCCUGUCACACUCUUCCAGAAGCCAAACAGGUACUGGCCGUUCAUCGACGACGUCAUCAGAACAGCGGCAUUUGAGCGUGGCGUUAAGAUCCGGAUGCUGAUAAGCUGUGGGCGUAACUCAAACAGGGCCAUGCUGCCCUUCCUUCAGUCUCUGGCCUCCAUGGAUUCUCCUGAGCAGAACAUCAGCAUCCAAAUCAAAAUAUACAUUGUUCCUUUGGGAAACCAGUCCGACAUUCCCUUUUCGAGAGUCAACCACAACAAGUACAUGGUGACUGAUGAGAUGGCCUACAUCGGUACCUCCAACUGGUCUGGGGACUACUUUUCCAACACAGCUGGAGUUGGUCUGGUGAUUUCCCAGCGUGCACCUCACAUUGUGUGGAAGACAGAAGCCCUGCAGGGUCAGCUCGGCGCCGUGUUCAACAGGGACUGGUACUCGCAGUUUUCUGUGCGUCUCCGUGACUUGGAACAUCGUCCAGACUGCUCCAUGUCACCGAGUCACAAAGUCACUUAGGAUUUAUUUAUGACACAAGUACAACUGUGCAGAUUAUUUUAAUCUGAUUUCAGUCUGUUAUGAUGUCAAAAGUACUAAUUAAUCUGUUUUAUUAAUGUCUUUGAAGAGUUUGAAAUUUAAAUUGUAAUUAAAGAUUAUUUUUCUCCUAAUUAAAAUGUUUGAAAAAGUUAAAUAUUAGGCAUGUGAAUCUCAUCACUGACGAUUUGAUACGCACCUCGAUACAAUACAUAGAGCAGUACAUGACGAUACGAUUCACCCUGUUCCAGAUUCGAUGCGACUUACUCAAUUCCUCACAAUGUGAUUUGGUGUGAUACGGUUAAUGAUGGGUAUUGAUAAGAUUUUAUCUAUCGAUUCCCUUAUCAGUAUCUCUUGUGAAUUUUCUGUGUAUUAAAAGUAGGCU